GUUUGAAAAUUUCACCGAGUCUCCUUGUUGGAUUUAGAACUACCAGCACCAGUGUACGUUAUCUGGAUUUACAGUACGUGCGAUCAGGAAGAAACGAGACCUAGCCACUAUAAGUUGUUGAUUGGUCAGGUUGCCUGACGCAAUGGCAUGUGACGCAAAACGAACACUCCUCAUUGGCUGGACAGAUGGAUAAGAGGACGUAGGUGCGUGUAGUAAAGUCACUACCCGGAACUUGGAUUUGGAAGCAAACGUCUCUGUUGGAAGUACUGAAGCCUGCUUCUGUUCAAGUACUCUACUUUCGAAAAGAUGAGUUCACAGACAAUGCUAUUGAGGUUGUGCCAUCUUCAUGGCUUGGACACACUUCUGAGCAUGGCAUGGUCUGCUACUGGACGACACACAAUGUGCGAUUGCAUGUUGUGAAGUGCCGAGCACCAAAUACAACUUGGGCCAAACAUCCCGUUAAGAAAACCUGGGACGAAACAGAUUCAUACGCCAAAGCUGAACAGAAGUGUUUGCAAUUGAUGGAGUCCUCAAGUGUUGAGACAGAGGAUGAUGUGAACACUUUUGCAAUAAGGCAGCGUAAGCGCCCAAGGAGGUUUGUCUCCGAAUCCUCUGAUGAUGAUGAUUCUGCUCCAGUGGUAGCAGCAACCAAGAAGCAACCCAAGACUCUGACUGUGCCUGGAAGCCCUGUGUGUCAGCAGGACCCAAUGCCACUACCACCACAAUGGUCAACACCAGCCGGGACUGGAGCCAGUCCUCACCACCCUAGCCCAAGUCCUGUUGACCCUGUUCAAGCCAGCAGCUGGGCACUACACCCAAUUCAGUCAGCCAGGCACCUCCAAGAAUCACUGGAAACCUCUUUUGACUCUGUUCAAGCCAGCAGCCGGGUGCUUCAUGACGGACAGGGUGUCUCGGCUAUCACAGCCAUGUUUGAGAGAAUCACAGAGGCCCACAUGAGUCGCUUGAUGCGGAGGCUCGAGGCUAGGUUUGACAAGAUCGAGUCAUUGGUGGAGACCAACGCCCCGACACACACGCCUCAACUCCAGCAAGAAGAUGUGGUGUUGGCUAAACCAUGCAGCAUGGUGAUGGAGCUGCUGGAGUUGGAUAGGAGUCUGGAACAACCAGACAAGAGGAACAAGAUGCAACAUUUUCUUGAAACUGUCGGAGGGGCAGGUUUAGGGGCAGCCAUUCACCGUAUGCUACGCCGAGCGGCAAAUAAUGAGGUACUCGCCCAGUACAGCUUGCGGGGCAGACGGGCCAAAAUGUCCUUUGAUGUCCAUUCUGUGCAAGAUUAUAAAGGCUGCAUGCGUCAAAAUUUCCUGGCCAUACGGAAGCUGAAGUGGAGGAAUGCCUUGGGCAGACUCUAAAAUUUGCACCACACAGACGGUCAGCUGGUCAGCAGCAACGGGUGAACAGUGAAUUUUUAUUCUUUUUUU